GUGGAAAACGGGCCCUUCGGCACCGAGGUCCCGAUCCUGCCGCAGCCGUUUUUCUCAGGCCGUCGCGCGGAGCAGCCGGAGGCUGCUUCGGUCUCGCCCGGCGCGGCUGGGCACGCGCAGAGAUCCCCGACGGCCGGUCCUGGGAGCAUCGACCAGCACGCCGAUGGCGCUGCCGCGCCCGCUCCUCUGUGCGGCCGUCCUGCCCGAGCAGGCCAAGGGCUGCGCAGCCUCGGUGCGGCCCGGCGCCCUCCGGGCACAGCACGCCCUCCGCGCCCCCGUCGAGGCCAGCGUCCUCUUCGACGAGGUGCUCCGCUUCUUUCAGAGUUCAGUCCCCGCAGACAUUCGCCUCUGCGACCCCGCUGGCCUCACGAUGGAGGUCCUCGUGAUGGAAGACUACAGGCCCGUCGAUAUCGCUGUCGGCGUCACGCCGGCAGAAGGCGGCGGCGCAAAGGCCGCGUUUACUCACAAGACGAUGACCGACAUCACGCGCUUCCACCUCGUGGUCCAGGCCGCCGAGCGGACACUCGCGCCCGACUCCGCCCCGCCGUUCUGCGAGAUGUUGGACUUUGACUUCCCGGAGGAC